AUGCUUUUGGCUUUUGUAUUUGCAACAUUGCCAAUAACUAAUUUGAUAAUCAAACUUUUAUUGAAAUAUUUUGUAUGAAUAAACAGUACAGAACAAUAUUUCGAAUGUUGUAAUUAUACUAUUAAUAUGAUUAUAUUUUUAUUUGAAGAUUUUCGAGAAUAAUGUGAUAACAGUUUAGUGUAGACAUGGAAGAAGAAAAACUUAUUCGUAGAAAGAAAAAAGCGUUGAAUGGCAGCAACAGGCGUACUUUAGCUGAAGCCUGCAAUGAUCUGGCUACAUUCUACUACAAACAUAAUCGUUACAACGAUGCGCUAGAUGAAUACAAAAAUGAAGCAGCGAUUGUCAAAGAGUUGGGUCUCAGAAUGGAGUGGGGCACUUGUAACCGUAUGAUUGGUGAGAUGUACAUGCUCUUAGCCGAAUUCGAGAAGGCUCUGAAGUUUGAAGAGCGCCAUUUGGCUGUGGCUAAAGAAUUGAGUAAUCAGGUAGAAGAACAGAGAGCAAUGGCAACUCUUGGCAGAAUUUAUUUAUUACAAGGACAAAGCACAAUGAAUGAGAAUGAAUCUAAAAUAUCAUUGAAAGCUGCAGAGAAAGCUUUUAUGAAAGGGCUUGUCUUGUGUGAAAGUUUAAAUGGAAAGAUAAAUAAACAUGAACUAAUGGAUAUGAGAGCACGUCUGCUCCUAAAUAUAGGAGUGGUACAGGAACAUCUUGGCUUCUUUGAGAAAGCAGUUGACUGUAUAAAGAGAGCAAUUUCAAUAUGCACAGGACAAGAUUUAUAUGAAGUGUUGCACAAUUGUUACACAACUCAGGCAUCCUUGUACACUAAUAAAAAGAAAGACUACACUCUGGCAUUGAAUUGUUUGAAUAAAGCACUUGAAGUUGCAAGUCGACUUGAAGAUAAGGUUCUUAAAACAUGUGAGACACUUUCUUCGAAAGCUGAUAUUUUAUGCAAAAUGUCAGACUAUCAAAGUGCUAAACAAGUUUUGCUGAAAGCGUGGAAGUUGAAGACCCCUGAUGAAGAAGAAUGUGAAAAUAUUGAGUCCAAUCUUAGAGUUGUUGCGGCGAUGUGUUAUACUGAGGACCUUCUAAUAUCCACUGAUCCUAGUGACCACAUAUCUUUCAAAAAACUAUAUGAGAAGUUAGGGGAUGGUGCAUGCCAUUUACGGAACUAUGCUGGUGCUGUUGAAUACUAUCUUAAGAUGUUGGACCAUGCGGAGUUGGCUGGUGACUGUGGGAAGACUCUUAUACCCAUUUACGUUAGUUUAUAUCAAACAUACAAAGACAUGGGCCAAUACAAUGAUGCUUUACAUUAUUAUGAAAAAGAAUAUGAACUAAUAAAAGAUGUACCCAAAGAGGCAUACACCACUUUGUACAAUAUAGCUGAAGCAUCAUUCCUGGCCAAGAAACCUUAUGGACAAGUGGAAAAAGCUUGCUUGGAUGCAAGGAAUGCUGCAAGAGAAUGGAAUAAAAGGAAGUAUGAAGUAAGGAUUUUAAAAAAUCUACUUAAAUAUCAAGAGGAAUAUGACGAAAUGGAUAAGAUGGAUAGUACAAGGGAUGAAUUGAGAAUGUUAGGUUAUGACGAUUUUGAUAACUUAGAAAAUUCUGAAGAUGAUCAGAGUUCAGCUGGUGGAUGUGAUGAGGAUACCACUCACAUUGGUGAUGAUAUAUGUCUCGACGAUCUCACAGACUUGUCUGACACUAAUGAAGAAAAUGUGACGGAGAGCAAACGUGAAGUCAGAAAAAGAGGUAGAGGUUAUGCGAUCAAAAAGAAUAUGAAAGGUGAAACACAAUUACAUGUGGCAUCAAUAUCUGGCAAUAAAUUGUUAGUGGAACGGUUAAUAGCUAAAGGUCAUCCUGUUAAUGUAAGAGACAAUGCUGGCUGGAUUCCGUUACAUGAAGCCUGUAUACAUGGGCAUAUUGAAAUAGCUAAUACACUAAUUAAUAGUGGUGGUAACGUAAAUGACAGGGGAGGAUCAAAUUGUGAUGGUAUAACUCCUUUGUAUGACGCAGCUAGUAAUGGACAUUUAGAAGUAGUUCAGCUAUUACUAGAGAAAGGUGCUUUGCCAUCUCUAAAAACUGACUUUGGCGAAACCCCGUUGCAUGUCUUACAAAAAUGGCGCGCAGGAACUAUAUUAACAAGAGAUGAAGAAGUUUUGUAUAAUAAUAUAUGCAAUAAAAUGAACAAUUUUAUUGAAAAAAAUAACACAACAGAUCACAGUAAAAUAGAUCAAGUCCUAAACAGAUCUAAAUCGAAGACUCCUGUCAAACCCAUUAUUGAUAGAACUCCUCCUAGUACGUCAAAAUCCACAGUAAAAAUAAGAGAAUUAGAAUCGCCGGUAUUUAAACGACGAAAUAUUAUUGAUGAUGAUAGUGAUGAUGAUAUUAAUCUAUCGCAAAAUGUUACACAUCAAACUGCAUUUCCGUCGGAUGAUUCAAAUGAUUCUUUUGAUGACACUAGAUCGAAUAAAAACAAAAGUACAGCUUCAGGUGUAAAAGAGUACAGAAACGCAAUAUCGGCUUUAAGGAACAGAACUACUGACGAAUUUCCGGAAGUUGACGUAAAGAAAGCAAAAGCCAAACCUGCUUUCCUGGACCCAGACGAAGUUGAUGAUGAUUGGCUAGAUGAUGAUUUAGGUAUAAAUAAGGGAAAGAAAAGAAAACUUACUGAUCCUUUGACUGUCAUAGCCAAAAAACCAUCUUACGAUAGCAUAAAAGACAAUAUUGACAAAAUAAAUAAGAUAGAACCUCUUGUGGAUAAUAAUAAGAACACUAAACAAAAUAGGUUACGGAUGAGUAAUAUAGUAGAUAUAAGUGAAAACAGUUCUGAUUCAGAUAGUUUCAGAAAUGAGAAUGUAAGUCCUAGGAAAAAUGUUGUCAACUCAAUUAAAUAUAUAAGGAAUGAACUUAAUGAAUCUAAAUCAAAAGACAGUAGAGAGAAUAUAAAACGGCGGUGGAAGACUCAAAGUACUUUAUUGAAAGCUGGAUUUCAAAGGAAGAAGGAUGUUGAUCAGUCGAGUAAUAGUGGAAGUGAUAAUGAAGUAACUAGAAGCACAAAAAAGGAUAGUAGACGAGAGGCAUCUACCUUUUCGUUCUCUCGGAAAUCAAGCGAGAAUGUCAAUGACGGUUUCAAUAUUAUGCAGACUAUGAACCCUAAUAUAGUGCAACCAAUGAAUGUGAUACAACCGAUAAGCAUUAUGCAGUCAUCUAAAAAUGGUCGGCCAAUACAGACGCAGAUAUUACCACCUGCUGCUGUGAAGGUGCAAGUUGAAGAUAAAGUAUUACUUAUAUCUUUAAAGUUGGAUACAAUAAACAAACUAACAAUCAGCUGGCUGGUUGAUGAAGUUAAAUCUAGAUAUUAUAAAUUAACAGGUGUUAGGCCAAUAUUUAGCCUAAUGACAUCUGACGGAGCUAUACUGUCUGAAGACGACCCGCUAAGCCUUGUUCUAGCGUCACCUGAAUUAAAAACCUCUGUUACCAAUUGGAAAGCGUCACCGGCUGAGGAGAGGUAUUUGGAGUGCUGUGAUGCUCUGGGAAUAUCACCAUCUGAGGAGGUCCAACAGGCCGUUGGCAGAAGUCACACUACCCACCGACUAGCACUUGGUGCUAAAACACUGUCAUCAUUACAAAUUAGGCCAUUAUUCCGUGCUAUGACCCAUCAAACCCACAUCACAGCGAUCAUGAUCUCGGACAAUAACAUAGGCGAUGACGGCGCUAAAUUUUUAGCUGAAAGCAUAUGUACAAUGAAGCAAUUAACGAUUUUAGAUAUCAGUCUAAACAACAUUAGCGCCGAUGGUUCAAAACACCUAUUAAAUAUCUUCGAAAAGUCCACAAGACCUGUUUGCCAAACAUUGGAAGAUUUAGAUUUAAGUGGUAACCCAAUAUCGGAUAAUGGUUUUAGAAAUAUUGUAAAAUUGUGUCAAUAUAUAAAGUUAAGAGUACUGAAAAUAAAUAAUUGUAUGAUAACAGACCAAUCUAUAAAUGAAACUGUUAAAUCUAAUAUGAGCUUCGAUAGCAUAGAAUCCAUUAAUAUAAGCAACAAUGAAGUGAAACAAGUAAUGGUCAGUUGUCUCGUAACGUCGUUAAAUGCUAGUUUGCUGACGGAUUUGGAACUGGAUAAUAUAGGCGUGGAGGGCAGUGUCGUAGGAUGUAUAGCGACUUUUAUGGAUUCAGCUAAAGAUUUGAAGAUACGGCGAUUCAGUUUGUCCAAUUGUAAAUUAGUUGAUGGACAGUUUAUGAGAAUAUUCAGAUCUCUAGGUCGCGCCAGGCAUUUGCAGUCCAUAACUCUCAAAAACAAUUUUCUGACGUUCAUCACCUUGAAGAAACUACUACAACGUCAGCCUCCUGUACCUCAGAUAAAUUUGGACGGUUGUCAAGACAUAUUUAAGUAUUCACCUGAUUCAGAUUUCCAAGUGUGGCUACCAGCAAUAGACUUUGGGAGGUGUAUACCGGAGAUAAAUGUCACACCAAUCUCAAAAACUGAUGCUGAAAGGGAGAGUUUCAAGUUGUUUUCUAAAACGUGGCUAAACUGUUUCAAAGGAAGGGGUGUUAUAGAACAUUGUGAUGGAGGCGUAAUCAAGUUCACUGCAAAAUGAAGUGUGCCUUAUGUAUAGUAAUAAGUUUUGUGAACAAUUUGUAUACAUAACAAUAAAAUCAGUGUAAAGUAACAAUGACAGAGCUGAUAGUUUAUAAUUUAAUUUAUGAAUAGAAAUUAAUACUUUUAAUGUAUGAGUUAGUGUUUUUUUAUUUCCUGUUCACAUGUUCCAAGUAAUCAAGAUAUUAAAUUGUAGUGUAAAA